GUGGAGUACAGAGUACUUUUGGAGCUCACUGCACAUCUUACAGAAGGGUUAGGUAAUCAGUUCAGAAGACUCCUGCUUUGUCUGGCUGCAUGGCUAGACUAACUGGAAUAACAAGGAGAGACCGACGCUGUUGUUCCUUUUUUCAACACGGAGAGGUUACAACUGGAAUCUGCUCCAGGAGGAAGUUGCCAAUGCCCCUAAGUGAAGCUAUAGGAUCAGCUUGUCCUCCCCAAACCCCAAUUUUAACCAUAAGUGGGGAAACAUAAAACUGACCCAAGACCUGCGCUAUAGGGGUAUCUUCACUACCCUCCCUGGAGGAGCUCAGUGCUCAGUGCUGCCAGAAUAAAAGGGGAAUUCCGUAUGGUUACCGAAACAACAUGACGAGUGGGUUGGCAUGGAUCAUCAGAACCUGUCUGUUUGUGUGCUUGUGGGGAACCUGUCUGUGUAAUUGCAAUACCAGUUAUAACCAGUAUUUAUUAGAAAUGGGAGAAACUCUGCCAGAGGACUAUUUGUUCAGGGUGAGAAAAUGGAACAAACGUGAGGAAACGUUUGUAGGAGUUGAAAAAGCCCUUCACAGGUUCUAUGGGGAAAACUGUAACAAGUUCUUGAAAUGUGAAGAUUACAAUCAAGACAACAAGAGAACAAUUUCAUCAGAAUAUUACUCUGGAGUAUUUUACUUACUGAAAUGUCUGGAUGUGAAGGAACUUUUGUGUGUCAUGCCCUCUACUGUCACAUACAGUCUGGCUGAGGUGGACUUGGUCAGUGUGGAACGCUUCAAGUGUCUGGUUAUAGAUGCACUCUAUGACAAAUGUAUAAAUGGCAGUGACCCAAAAAAGUGUCAUCUUUUUGAGAAAUGCCCAAAAGCAACUACACUUGAUACAAAAACUGCAACAAUACACACAACCGCAUUACCCACCAUAAAUUACAGGGAGGUCAUAUCAGUCAGUAUGUUGUUAGCUGUCUCUCUGAUAGCUAAUAUCAUCCUUCUCUUGGGUGUUGUCUACUUGUGGACCAGGAGGAGACACCAGCAUAAAGGCCCGUCUCCUGCGACGUCUGAACUGACAGUAUUGAACACAGUGGAGCCACGUAAUCUGAUUCAGAUGGUCUGCAGCCCUGACCCCGUUGAGAGGAAUAAUUAAUCUCUCCACCACCUGCCGCCAUUUUUCCCUCACUUUCCCAGACGACGAUGGACAAAGAUGUCCUGAGCCAGAGAAACGGACCCAACACUACUGUCUCUCUCUCGCUUUCUCUCACACACAAACUUCACACUUCAAGGUCUGAGGCCAUGAUUCUUCUUCUCUUGCCACCUGCAUUCUGUAGAUACUGUUUCAGACUUCACAACAAAAGCAUUUUUGGACUUCAAAAUAAAAGCUUUUAGAUUACAUAAUAAAAGCCUAUGGACUUCAUAAUAAAA